CGUUCAGUACCAAGCGUGUGAAUAGGCCCGUAGUGUCUUCGCGUGCUGUUUAGCUGAUAUGACGAUACAUUCAUGAUCACGGCCGUUUUGCGCGCAGUGUAUUGUUGCAAUAAAUCGUUUUUAUUUCAUUUUAGUGGGGAAAAUUGUCGUCAGUCUUUGCUGUGAUCCGUCCGCAGUCUGUGCCGUACUGUUGUCGUGCUGGAUAGUACUUGCGAACGCUAAUCAUGUAUCAUAGGUAGUCGUCGAUAUCGACGGAUUCUUUAUUGUUUCGUCAUCGUUUUGUCCGAGGAAAUUGGUGUUAGAUUAUUAUAAUCUAAAAAAUUGUACACUUUGCUUGACAAGAACAUAAAACGAAUCGGACACAACAUUAUUGGAUACGUCACUUUUACCGAACAAAAUGGCAACACUCUCUUUGAGAAUAUCAAUUGUUGAAAAAAAUGUCACUAAAACUAUGCAAUUUGAUCCAACAACAUCUGUGUAUGAUGCUUGUCGAUUAAUCAGAGAAAAAAUAUCUGAGGCAAAUUUAGAUCAACAUAAUAUAAAAAGUUAUUGUUCUAAAGAUUAUGGAUUAUUCCUUGCUGACGAGGAUGUAAAAAAAGGAGUAUGGUUAGAACCUGGACGCAAUUUAGAGUAUUAUAUAUUAAGAAAUGGUGAUUUACUGGAAUAUCGCAAGAAAAUUAGAACAUUAAAAGUCCACAUGCUUGACGGUACUCUGAAAACUCUACUAGUAGAUGAUAGUCAACCGGUAGCUAAUUUAAUGGUUGUUAUUUGUACAAAAAUUGGUAUUACUAAUCAUGAUGAAUACAGUCUUGUUAGAGAAAAUCCCGAAGAAGAAUUUGAAAAUAAAGCAAAUUUUGGAACAUUAACAUUAAAAAGAAGAAAAGAUGAUAGAGAUAGAGAAAAAGACGCUAAAAUGGAGCAGUUACGUAAAAAAUUAAAAACUGAUGAUGAAGUAAAUUGGGUUGAUCCAUCUAAAACACUCAGAGAACAAGGGAUUGAUGAGGGCGAACCAGUAUUAUUAAGAAGAAAAUUCUUUUUUUCUGAUGGAAAUAUUGAUUCACAUGAUCCAGUUCAAUUAAAUUUACUAUAUGUUCAAGCAAGAGAUGCUAUUUUAGAUGGUACUCAUCCUGUCACAGAAGAGCUGGCUUUACAAUUAGCGGGCAUUCAAACUCAUAUACAGUUUGGAAAUUAUUGUGAAACUAAACAUCGACCCCCAUUUUUAGACCUAAAAGAAUUUUUACCUCAAUCUUACAUUAAAAUAAAAGGAAUAGAGAAAAAAAUUUUUAUGGAACAUAAAAAUCAUAUUGGUUUAUCUGAAUUAGACGCCAAAGUUCUUUACACCAAAACUGCACGAUCUUUACCUACAUAUGGAGUCUCAUUUUUCCUUGUGAAAGAAAAAAUGAAAGGAAAAAAUAAAUUAGUUCCACGACUGUUGGGUGUUACAAAAGAUUCAGUUUUACGUUUAGAUGAAAGAACUAAAGAAAUACUAAAAACAUGGCCUUUAACAACAGUACGCAGAUGGGGAGCAUCCCCUAAUACUUUUACUCUUGAUUUUGGAGAUUAUUCUGAUCAAUAUUACUCAGUACAGACUACGGAAGCUGAACAAAUACUUCAAUUAAUUUCUGGUUAUAUUGACAUAAUUUUAAAAAAAAAAAAAUCAAAAGACCACUUUGGAAUUGAAGGUGAUGAAGGAUCAACAAUGGUGGAAGACAGUAUUUCUCCAUUAAAAGCUACAAUUUUACAGCAUGAAAGCAGCCAAAUUGGAAAAGUUAACACAGAAUCUGUAGCUAAACCUGCUGUAAUGAGAGCUGGAGCAGAAGGAGCAAGACCUUAUGGCAUGGGACAUGUAAGUAAUACUCAAUAUACUACUGUCAGUGGUCAGAUUAACAUUUCACAUACUCCAUAUGUGGCACCACAAAAUAAACAAGUUAAAGUCUUAAGUGCACCUCAAAAAGCUUUAUGUCAAACAAUAUCUGAUAGUCAAGAAAUCAUAACUACUGUUGAAAAAGAAUUGACUACAAAAACUGUCAUUCCUGAGUUUGGUAAUGAUCCUGUGUCAAUUAAAUUAAAAGAGACAACUAUUGAUUCAAAUAAGCAAAAUAUAAGUUCACAAAUUGCAGCCUUGAAUGCAGCCACAGCUCAAGUAGUUACUUUAACUUCUGGAGAAGUAGAUUACUCUAAGGUUGAAAAAGCAAUUACAUCUAUCACUACAAAUUUACCAGAAAUGAGUGAACAUGUGAAGGUUUUAGCUGCAUUAAGCCCUUCUGGUGAUCACUUACUUGAUGCAACUCGUAAAUUAUGCUCUGCGUUUACUGAACUAUUGAAAGCUGUUCAACCAGAUUCAAAUACUGGACGUCAAAAUCUUCUUAAUGCAGCCAGCAAAGUUGGGGAAGCAUCUCAACAAGUGUUAACACAAAUUGGAGAUGACACUGCUGAUGAAUCGCGUGAUAUUCUGUUAAGUUUGGCAAAAGCUGUAGCCAAUACAACAGCUGCUCUUGUAGUCAAAGCUAAAAAUAUUGCAGCAACAGUUGAACCUCAACAUCAGUCUCAAGUUAUUAGUGCUGCAACUACAUGUGCUCUUACAACUUCUCAAUUGGUAGCUUGUACAAAAGUGGUUGCCGGAACUGUUGAAAAUCCAAAUUGUAAAGAACAAUUAAUGGCUGCGGCCAGAGAAGUAGCUAUGGCUGUUGAAGAUUUAGUUUCUGUUUGUAAUUUAUCAAAAAAUGACCGUAAUCAACAUUUAUUACAAGACUUAUCAGAAGCUGCUCAUCAAGUAACUACAACUUUAAAUCAGCUACUAAAUAGACUUCAAGAUGCUUCCAGAGCUGUUGGUGAAAGUCUUAGUAACUUAGUUGAUAUAGCAACUUCACCGGUGAAUAAAUCAAAGAGAUAUAAUUCAGAAAAAACUUACCAACUAAAGGAAUACUCAAAAUCAUCAAAUGAUACUGGUUUUGUUGAUAAAUCAAAUUCUUUAUAUAAUCCAUUAGAAGAUACUGUUGAUAUUUCAACAUUAAAUAAAAAAUAUGAAUAUAAUCAUGAUACGAACAUCAACAAUCAAAAUUAUGGUUAUUUUAAAUCUUCCCAUGAUUUCCAGUUACAAAACUCUUUAACUGAAACUGAAAAACAGCUAAUUAUACAAAAGUUAGCGUCUGGUGGUUCUCGUGGUACUCAAGCAUGUAUUAAUGCUGCAAGUACAGUAUCAGGAAUUAUUGGAGAUUUAGAUACAACAAUUCUAUUUGCCACUGCUGGAACUCUUCACGCUGAAAAUGAAAAUGAAACAUUUUCUGAUCAUCGAGAAAAUAUUCUUAAAACUGCUAAGGCUCUUGUUGAGGAUACUAAAACUUUGGUGACCGGUGCAGCUUCAUCGCAAGAACAAUUAGCUGUUGCUGCUCAAAAUGCAGUAUCUACAAUUAUACAAUUAGCUGAAGUUGUAAAAUUUGGUGCUGCUUCUUUAGGUGCUAAUAAUCCAGAAGCUCAAGUUAUGUUAAUAAAUGCUGUAAAAGAUGUGGCUACUGCACUUGGAGAUCUAAUACAAGCAACUAAAGCUGCAUCUGGAAAAAAUAUCAAUGAUCCUUCUAUGAACGAGUUGAAGGAUAGUGCUAAAGUUAUGGUAACCAAUGUUACAUCUCUCUUAAAGACUGUUAAAGCAGUGGAAGAUGAACACACACGAGGAACUAGAGCUUUAGAAUCAACUAUUGAAGUUAUUGGUCAAGAAAUUAGAGCACUUAAUUCGCAUGAACCAUAUAAAUCAACAGCAUCAGUAGAAGAUUUAGUUCGUUGUACUAAACCAAUUACAAUGGCUACUGCUAAAGCAGUUUCUGCUGGUAACAGUGGUAAACAAGAAGAUAUUAUUGUUGCUGCUAAUAUGGGUCGUAAAGCUAUAUCUGAUAUGUUAACAGUUUGCAAAGGUUGUAGUAAUACUGUUGAAAAUGCAGAUUUAAAGAUUCAAUUAUUAAAAGCGGGACAAAAUAUUGCUCAUGAAUAUAGAACAUUGUUGCAAACCGUGCUACAAAUUGUAUCAAAACCUAACUCUAGUACUGAAAAUAAAUCACAGCUGCAACUAAUUUCUCGUUUGAUUGCCCAAUAUGUCACAGAGUUGUUAUCUGUAUCUGAAAUGAUUAAAGGUCAUGAUUGGGUUAGCCCUGAAGAUCCAACCAUAAUUGCUGAAAAUGAGUUACUUGGAGCAGCAGAAUCAAUAGAUGCUGCUGCUAAAAAACUUGCUAGCUUACGACCAAGAAGAUCAGUAAACGAAGAAAUGGCAGAGUCAUCAUCUAAUUUUGAUGAAGUUAUCUUAGAAGCAGCCAAGUCAAUUGCAGCUGCUACUUCUGCCUUAGUAAAAGCUGCAUCAGCUGCACAGCGAGAGCUUAUUGAUUCUGGAAAAGUUAGUCGGCGACCAUUAACUAGCUCUGAUGAUGGUCAAUGGUCAGAAGGUUUAAUAUCUGCAGCACGUCUUGUUGCAGCAGCAACUCAUAGUCUAGUAGAAUCUGCAAAUUCUCUUGUACAAGGAAUAUCAAGUGAAGAAAAGUUAAUAUCAUCUGCAAAACAAGUUGCUUCUUCUACUGCACAAUUGUUAGUUUCAUGUAAAGUGAAAGCAGAUCCAGAUAGUAGUUCAACUAAAAGAUUAUUGGCUGCUGGUAAUGCUGUUAAACGAGCAACUGAUAAUUUGGUCAAAGCUGCUCAACAGGCAAUUCAGAAUGAUGAAGAGAGAAGUUUAGUACUUAGUAAAAGAAUGGUUGGUGGAAUUGCUCAAGAAAUAAAUGCCAGAUCUGAAGUUUUAAGAAUUGAACGCGAAUUAGAAGAAGCUAGACAACGUUUGGUUGUAAUAAGGCAAGCAAAAUAUAAAUCUAAGGGAGAUGGAACAAGUCCUACAGAUAUGGAAAAUGAAUCUUCCUUUGACCAUUAUAACAGUAUUGAUAACAGUUUGGAUAUGACUGGAGAGUUUCAAUCAAAUGCAUACAAUGUUUACAAAUUGAACAACUUUAAUGAUGAUACUAGUUUUAGUGAUUUUAAUGAAACAUUCCAUUCUGGCACAAAUAAACUGUAUUCAUUUUCAGACUCGAACCACAAAAAUGUGUGUAAUUCAACAACCACUUUUGAAAAUACUAUUAAGUAUAACUGUUCAACUACAAUCAAUACAACUACUAAAUCUUACUCAAUGAACGAGUAAAAAGUUUUAAUGAAUCACAAUCAGACUAAUUAAUUUCAAAAAUUAUUUUCAAAUUAUUUUAGGAAAGUGUUUGUGAAAAAGAA